AUGGCAUAUUCUGACGAAGACCAAAAUACCUAUCUAAAGGAUGUCUUCAAAUUUUACAAACACUUAAACUAUACACAUGAUGUUCGCGAACAAAUACGGAGAUACACUGACUCGACUUUCAAGGAAACAGUAUUCACUAGGUUGCCGAAUUCACGUUCAGAUUGUUCAGUGCAGACUAUACCAACCGAAGAUUUUUUCAUAAUGAAGAACUUCUUCAGUCCAAUUGAAAUUAAAGAUUUAUGGCUUGCUGCACUGACAGAAUGGUGUCACUUGCCGACGGCUCAAUUUAAUUUGGGCACAAAUGUGUCUCAUAAUAAUCGGAUUGCUUGUACUGAUCCAUGGUAUUCUAAACUCCGUUGGAUAACUUUAGGCUAUCACUAUCAGUGGAGCGAAAGAAUUUACAAUGAAUCUAAAGUUGGUGAAUUUCCAUCGUUGCUGUAUGGGACUACAGUAAACAUUAUCAACUUCCUUAAGCACUUAAUUGAAGGAGGAAAGAUUUCUUCUAGGAAUUCAUCUCGUCUGUUGGAACAGUGCCGAAAUUACACUCCAGAAGCGUCAAUUGUGAACUAUUAUCGAACAAAAACAACCAUGGGCUUCCAUUCUGAUGAUGCGGAAAUAGAUAAGGAAGCUCCUUUGGUUUCGAUUAGCGUUGGACCCACUGCAUUAUUCUUACUAGAAACAUCAGAAGCCAUCAAGCAUGAAUUCGACGUUUCAUUGCAUGGGAGUUUUAACCGAGCAGCUGACUAUGACCACGUACUACCGAUUUACCUUUGUCAUGGUGAUGUAGUAAUAAUGGCUGGUAAAAGUCGUCUGGCUCGUCAUGCAGUCCCAGUAAUUUUCUUCGAUGAUGAUACAGAGGUUGUGUCGAAAGGAGCUCUUCGUGUUAGUCAUGAUAUUUGUGAAAAAUUUUUAAAGCAAGAUCAUAAUGAUGAUGCGUGUACACAUUGCCAAGAGUGUCUGACAUAUAUUAGGACUACACGUAUAAAUAUGAAUAUACGCCAAGUAAUGCCUGUUCAUAGAUAA